UUGAACAUGGACAUCUUGCCCAGUCUCAAUCCAGACCUCGUCUUAUGCGAAUUGCCAUAAAAUGCCAAUAAAUUGCCCGAAAAAUGGAUAUCGACGCUGAGUUAAUGUUCGAGUGCCUCAUCUACCUCAAUCUCUUUUACUUUCCGGUCUUUGCCACCUGCGAAACCGUAAUGACUAUAGCAAAAUACAAAAGUAUUAUCGACACCCCGUAUAUUGGGCAAGACGCCGCAGUAGUUUUCACACGUUUGGUAUCGGAACUUACCAAGAUUUUGCUCUACAGGAAAUUUAAGGAAGAAAAAAGGAAUUUGGUAACUGGAAUUGCAGUGUUUUUCACUUGCAUCACAAUCUCCGGGCUGGUUUACACAUUUUUCAUUCAGAAUCCCGUUCUAAAGCUGGAACACAUCCUGAAUUCUCUCACCGUAAUUCUGGCCCUUACUGAAGUCGGCUUUGGAGUGUUGCAGCUGGCGCUUAAAUGUUUCAGAAAGAAUCCGUACUAUUAACGUUUAUGUUUCCUUUGUGCAAAUUCAACCAGAAGAAAUAAACGCAUUUUUUUCAA